AAACAAGCGCAUGGAAUAUUGUGUGAAAAAGAAGUUGCCAAAAAAAGUUGUGCUGAUCUCUAUAAAUCUGGAGUGAAAGAAGACGGUGUUUAUACGAUUGAUCCCGAUGGCCUCGGAUCGUUCAACGUCAGUUGUGAUAUGACAACAGACGGGGGUGGCUGGACCGUGUUUCAAAGAAGACAAGAUGGAAGCCAGGAUUUCUUCCUAGGAUGGUCAGACUAUAAAGCUGGCUUUGGUGAUCUUAACGGCGAGUUCUGGUUGGGUCUUGAUAAAAUACAUCGUUUAACGAAAUCUGGCCAAAAUGUUCUAAGAAUUGAUUUGAUGGAUUUCAAAAGCAUCGAAGGUUAUGCCAAAUAUGGAGAAUUUAGUGUGGCUGAUGAGUCAGACAAAUACAGAUUGAAGAUUGGAGAUUACUCAGCAAUAAGUAACGCGGGUGAUUCUCUUACUUAUCACAAUCAAAUGCAGUUCACCACCAGGGAUAGUGACAAUGAUCUCAGCGAUCUCAAGAAUUGUGCUAAGCAGCAUGAAGGAGCUUGGUGGUACAAAGCCUGCUUUCAAUCCAACCUCAAUGGAAAGUACCUUGACGCAGGUGCGAUUUCGUCUAAAGGAAUAGUCUGGUUCGCUUGGGAAAAUUCAUACUCUUCUUUGAAAGAAACGGAGAUGAAAAUUCGUCCAAACAAGUUUUGAAAUAAAGACCAGCUUCAUGAGGACCAAAAACACAUUUUAAAGUUGACAAUGUAAAGUUCUUUAAUCAAGUCCCGCUUGAGGUUAAUAUUGAAAUCAGGCUAUAACAUGAUCGUAUAGUCGUAUAGUUAUCCUAAUAUUGCCCUGUGCUUGUUUUGAUUCAUAAAGAUAUAUAAUUUUAAUAUCUCAAAAUCAUCUCACGCCGGUAAAAGGGUUGGUUGACCAUACUGGAGGAGAUUUGGUUGAAUACACCAAGAAGUGCGUUUACGUGUGAAGUAUACGACGUGCGUUCUCUACUGAGUUGCAUAUUGAUAUUAUAGUCUCAAAUCAAAUCUCAGUCAUAAGUCUCUUACUUCAUUAAGGUAACGCAAACGAGACUUUUAAAGUCGAAGAAAACCAGAAGAGAGCAAAGUUCACUUUCCCAUGCACAACACUUUGGCAUGAAUUGACCAGAGCAUGAGACCUCAAACUUUGUCGGAUCCAAUUCACAUCUGACGUAUGGAAUGUAGUUUGUUAUUGAUAAAUCAGUACUGUAAUCAUCGCUUUAGUUGAUUUGCUGCCCAUAUACAUUGCAAGUCACAUAAAAACAUCUUUCAAAAUGUGAAUUGGAUCGACAAAAUUGGAUCGUGUGAAGAAACCUUAAUUUUGAUGAUCCGAAUCUUAAAGACCCAUUUAUUUACACUAUGCAAUUUGUCGUAUACGAUUCGUACCCUGGCGUAUGUGAACGUAUAAACACACUACAAACGUGGACUUUAAAUUUCAACUUGAACAAAACUGAAUGAAGAUUGUGGCAUAGGCCCUCUUUGGCAUUCGUCAGAAUGAUAAUUGCAUACAACUUAUCGUGUAAUCUAAUAUGUAACUUAACGUUAAUGAGCUGAAGCUUUGUUGAAGUUUAUUUGCAUUUAGUUCGGCACAUGAAAAGUUGGAAUUUGGCCGGGAAAGGACCGGACUUAAUUAAAGAGCUUUACAUUGUCAACUUUGGAUCCGGUCAUAAUACAUAAGUUUGGCCUUGCAUGGCCUUCGUCUCAAGCACCAACACUUCUUCACGCUUCUUUAUGCAUUAAAUAUGUACUUCCACUGAAAAUUAAACUAUUUACAUCGAAAUAUUUCAUCUCAGUUGUUCAAUAAAUAAAUAAUUUUGCUUUCCUUUUUGAACUUAUCCACGUUUUAAACUAAACGGCUUUCGAAGAACCAGUGACAGCCCAUUUACACUACACUUUGUUUAGAGGCUGCUGUUCACAUGAGCAUUGCAUGUUACCUGAGAUUUGCAAAGUGUGAGAUGAUUUUAAGAUAUUAAAAUAUGGCUUUAUGAAAUAAAGCAAUCACAUAGCAAUAUUGGGUUAACUACACGACAACUAGGAUCAAGUCAUAGCCCCAUUACAAUAACCUAAAGUCAUUUAAUUAUUGUUUCGUUAAUCUCGGCUGAGGGAUCAUGUGAACAGCCCUAAUUCACUCUUUAAAAUAGACAUAUAGCGAAAAACCCAGACGAGAAUUUGAACGUGAAAGAAGAAAACGAAAGGAGAGAAAAGACAUUUGUUAGGAUUAGCACACGAAUACCAGGAUCAUGAUAUUUACUCAUUUCAAUACCUCUGUCAUUUUACACUCACUUUCCCAUGCAUGCACGCAGCUUUGGAAUAAAUCAACCAGAGUUUGACUCAAUACUGGGUCAAUCUUAGGUUAAUGCCCACUUAAGGGUGCUUUCAGAGGUCAAACUUUACACGCGCCGUAGUGUUGCACGAUGUCUUCCUUUGCCUGUGAGUAAAUUUGCACGUAGGUAUUUAACAAGCGUUGUGAUGGCCGCGAUGGGAGGAGCAAUGUUCCUAUACGAAUUUAAGAAGAGGACCACGUGCGACCUGAUCUGAAAAUAAUUGUUUCUUUCCAUGGGGAGCGAAAGAAUGUUGACGAUAGGAAACAAAUAAUGCAUAUAAUUAUUGCAGUUACGGCGCUAGUCUGGUUCGAUUACUGAAUGUAGUGACCACACAAAGACUACAUUUAAGACCCACGAUAGA